CAGAACGAAAACCUCGCUGAUCGAUCAGAGCUGCAGGAUGAUUUUAAAUCAUGGCUUUGUGUAAAACCUCAAGAGUGGCCGCAGAGCCAUCCUUUUCCCUGCGCCUGUUGCUUUUCAUCGUCACUCAGAGUUUAUGUUUUGCUGCAAUUCUUAACAAGUGCCUCUCCAGUCCUUGCAAAAACAAUGCGACCUGCGAGGACCUUAUUGAUGACUAUAUUUGCCACUGUCCAAUGAUACCUGUGGCAUUCACAGGAAAGAACUGUGAGGAACUGUUCGAUGUUUGUACAGCAUAUCCCUGUCAACACAAUGCAACAUGCAAGAGCAUUUUGGGUACCGCUGACUUCUCUUGUGAUUGCCCUCCCGAUCGUACUGGGACCAGCUGCGAAAGUUACAUUAACAAGUGUGCCAGCGCUCCCUGCUUGAAUGGUGCCAUCUGUUUGCACAAUGCCACUGGCUAUAGCUGUGUUUGCCCUCCAGGUUACACUGGCACUGACUGUGGAACCAGUGUGAAUGAAUGUGCACCAAAUCCAUGUGAAAACGGAGCUGUGUGUAAGGACAAGCUUAAUGGAUUUUCCUGCUUCUGUGUGCCUGGCUACCAGGGCAAACUGUGUGAGAUUGAAGUCAAUGAGUGUGCUUCAGAACCCUGCAGAAAUGAAUCUACCUGCAUGAAUGGAAUUGACAAGUACACCUGCAUCUGCCCACCUGGCUUGACAGGAACUCAUUGUGAACUUGAAAUUAAUGAAUGCUUGUCACAGCCUUGUCUGAAUGGGGCAACGUGUCAGGAUCAUUUUGCCAACUACACGUGCACAUGUUCUCCAGGCUUCACAGGAAACGACUGUGAAGUGAACUUCGAUGAAUGUGCUAGUCACCCAUGUCAGAAUGGAGGAAAAUGCAUUGAUGAAGCAAACGGGUAUAGCUGUGACUGUGUGAACACUGGAUAUACGGGUUUGCACUGUGACUUCUACGUCCCCAGUUGUCUUUCACAACCCUGUCUCAACAGCGCCACCUGCCAGGACACUGAUGGAAAUUACACUUGUCACUGCUGGCCAGGUUUUAUGGGGGCACAAUGUGAGAUCGAUAUCCCUGAGUGCUUCAGUAAUCCUUGUUUACAUGGGGCAGAGUGUGUUGAACUCUCCUGGCGAAGCAUGAAUGGAAACACCACUGAAUCGCCUGUAGUCUUUAGCUAUGAGCGUGCUGCUGGCUACAUCUGUAAAUGUCAGCAUGGAUUUACAGGUUCACAUUGUGAAAUGGACAUCAACGAGUGUGACUUAAGCCCUUGUCAAAAUGGAGGAACAUGCCAGAAUACCCUAGAGGGUUAUAUUUGUCACUGUCCAACAGGAAGUGAACAAGAGAUAUUUUAUGGAGGCCAGAACUGUACAGACAUUCUAACUGGAUGCGAGAACCAUGAAUGCCAGAACAAAGCAACAUGCAUUCCUUAUCUGAGGGACUCACAACACGGGUACCAUUGUCGCUGUGCUAAUGGCUAUGCUGGCUUGAACUGUCAAUUAUCAACUACAUUUUCCUUUGCAGCCAAUGGACAUCUUCAUUUUAAAACAUCACUUACGGGGAGAAAUGAGAACUCGACGAAUAAACUUCCUUAUCGUGUAUUCCUAAGGUGUAGAACUGUGUUGUCCAAUGCACUUAUUUUUUAUAGAGGAACCAGAAAAACAUUUAUGAAAUUGGAAGUACUCAAUGGCCACUUAUAUGCAUCUCUGCAAAUAAGCAAUCAACCGGUCGCAGGUCUUGAGAUUUUUAAGAACAUAAGUGAUGGAGAAUGGCACACUGUGGAAGUGACGUUCAGCAGAAACUUUUCUGUCAAACUUUUGGACAACGCCUGUUUGGAAGAAUGCAUGAUCCUGAAGUUUGUAGGAAUGGAGAGUGAGGAAUUUGCCAGAGUAUUUGAAAACAUAUUCUUUGGGGGCAUAGAGGACAGCUAUGGAGGAUUUUCAGCAGCCCCCCGGCCCCAGACCUGGCCUCAUUUUAUCGGUUGCCUUCAGGACGUGACAGUGGAAUCAAAAGUAAUAGACGUGGGCGUCCUUACAGUUGACUCAGCACUGAAUGUGAAGCCAGGGUGCAGCAAGAGCGGUUGGUGUCAGAGCAAUCCGUGCCAGGGCAAGGGUCAAUGUAUCGAUUUGUUGAUCAAUUACACAUGUGAAUGUUUCAGACCAUACAUUGGUUGGAACUGUUCUGAAGAAUUAAUCCCUGGUGGAUUUGGCUAUGAAGAUUCCAAAAGCUAUGCUUUGUUUGUCAUUGAUAAUGAUCCAGGAGAAGAAGUGAACAUAUCCAUGUUUGUUCGCUCUCACCAACCAGAUGGUGCGUUAUUGAUCCUGAGGAACAGUAGUGUUCUCUAUCUACAGAUGAAGUUGGAAGCUGGCCACGUGGUAGUCCGACCUCACUUGUCCAAACCUCUCACAAGUGAUCACUACAUCACGGACAGUAAAUUUUAUUUAAUAACUGUGGAAAUAAAACAAAACAAAAUGAAACUUGUUCAGAUGGGACAAGUGGUAGGUCAUGUACAAAUUCCUCCGAUUAGAAUUCGAACUGGUGAUGUAGUUUAUAUCGGAGGCUUGCCAGAUCAGCUGGAACAUGCUCAAGACACAAGACACUUUGAAGGAUGCAUCCAGGAUGUAAAGAUCAACAACAAGAGACUUGAAUUUUAUCCCAUUAGUAUCCCCAAGGAGACUUACAGUAACAGAAUACUUGUCAAUAUAACAAGAGGCUGUAAUGGCAACAGCACAUGUAAGUUCAGCCCUUGCUUGAAUGGUGGAACCUGCUCUUCCAUCAAGGAUGACUUUGUCUGCAACUGUCCUUCGAAUACCUCAGGAAAAACCUGCAACCAAGUCCAGUGGUGCCAGCUCAGUCCUUGUCCGCAGGGUUCAAAAUGUCACCUGAUCAGAGAUGGAUCUGAUUGCCUUAUUAGUGCUACGUUUAAAGGAGAGGAAAGACUAACUUUCAGAGGGAAUGGCAACAUUAAGCAACAGCUCACCAAUGUUACCUUCAGCCUCCAGACAAGGGAACCGAACGCAGUUGUGCUCCACGCUGUAAAGGAACAAGAUUUUAUCACAGUUGGCACCCAGCAGGGCCAUUUAAUAUUUAUGAUACGAAGUGGAAACAGUUGGGGCAAUCUGAGUAUCUGCAGCUCAAAUCCGAUAAGCGACGGUCUCUGGCACGAUGUUACUUUUCGCAUGAGUGAUCCCUUGCUUCAGUAUUCCAGCUGGCAGCUGGAAGUAGACAGGAAAGAAAUUGUAACCAGUGCGACUGUCAGUGGGAACCUGAACUUCCUGAGAGCAGAAACGGACAUUUACCUAGGUGGCGGAGAUGAACGCAAAGGAGGCAGCUUCAAAGGUUGCCUGAACACACUGAAACUUGGUGGCAUCUCCUUGCCGUACAUUGCAAUUGAUAAUAUGCAUAUUAUCCAACCUCAGCAAGAACAAUUUAUACAGACAUCCUUCAAAAUCAUAUUACUGGGCUGCCCAACAGAGAGUACUUGUGCAUCAAAUCCCUGCAAAAAUAAUGGCAAGUGUGAGCACAUGGUCAGUUACUAUCAAUGUAGCUGCCCUCCAGGCUGGACAGGCUUGAACUGUGAAGAGAAUAUCAACAAUUGCCAGUCAAGUCCAUGCAUUCAUGGCAACUGCACAGACAAUGUCUCGGCGUACAAAUGUGUCUGCUUACCUGGUUUCACCGGCAAUAAUUGUGACGUGAGCCUAGACAACUGUCAAAAGCACAGGUGUGCCAAUGGAGCAACUUGCAUUGACACAGUCGACAAUUACUCGUGUAGUUGCCCGAGUAACUUCACUGGAAGGUUUUGUCAAUACCUUAGAUUAUCUGUUACAUUUUGCCAUGAUGAGAAGCAUAAUUGGACCUGUUACAAUGGAGGCAACUGUACCGAGGAGAAAUUUACAAGGUGUACCUGCCCGUUAGGAUUCACUGGAAGCCUAUGCGAAAUCGACAUGAAUGAAUGUGAAUCAAACCCUUGUCUUAAUGGAGGUUUCUGCCAAGACUUGCCCAACAAGUUUCAGUGCAUCUGCGAUAUGAGCUUUGCCGGUGACCGCUGUGAGUUUGAUUUGAAUCAGGAAGCCUGGACCUCAGAGUUUCUUCUUUAUACUGGGUUGGUCACCGUCGUGUUGUUGCUGAUUUUCUUUCUAGUACUUGCUGCCACUAUUAUGACCCUGAAUAAAAGAGCAACACAUGGGGCCUACAGCCCAAGCCGGCAGGAGAAGGAGGGGUCACGAGUGGAGAUGUGGAACAUGGUGCAACCACCACAAAUGGAAAGACUUAUUUGAAUGAAGCUUGUUUCACUACAUAUUGUCAUGUCACCUCUGCAUGGAUAGGCUGAGGACUAUUCAAUUCAACAUCUUGCGAGAAAUGCUUUGUUAGUAUUAGAUAUUUUCUGUUACCCAUUUGCGGGCAUCACCAGCAAGGCCUAUUUAAUGCCAAUCUCUAACUACCCAUGAGAUGGUACUAAUAAACUGCCGACUUGAACUGUGGACAGUCAACAUGAAUGUACCUUCACAGUGUAAUUAACUAGGUAAUUCAACUUUAAUCUGUCACUUGCUUGCCCCGAUAUUCAAAUAUGUUAUUGAAAAUUGCUCUUCCUCAAAAUUUUCAACAGAUAAGGGGUCUCGAUGCUAAUAAGUGAUAUUAAGAAUACAAAAUGUGCACAAAUACAGAAAAUUUGAUGCAAUUGGAUGGUUCAGCCAAGAUAAUAAGCCGAUGUACCAACAACUCUUAGGCGUUACUGUUAAGAACAAGGUGGUCAGAAACGGAGCAUUAAACUCCUUGUGAUAGAUGAAAAUUGAACCACAUGCAUCUCAGCAGGGUGAAAAUAUUAAAAUUCUUCUCUUUUAUUUCAUUGUAGUCAUUCAAAUUUUUUUUUUGUAAUACAGCACCGUUUUUUACAUUAAUGUACUCAAGAUCACCAAGACCCAGGCAAAGAAUCACAGAAUUACAAAUUGUGGUCUGAGAAAAUUGAUCUUUUGAGUUGAUUUAGAAUUAAGAUGGACAAAAACAGGUUAUAGUUCUGUCAACAAGCAAAUAAACAAGUGAAAACAUGACAAAAUAAAAAUAUUAGACACAAUUUAUAAUGGUUUUAACCAUGUUGAAAACAGACACUUUAUCACAGUGUAAAUCUUUGUAUAACAGUACUAUAACAGUGUUACAAACCAUACAGAUACCCUACUUUUUUUCUGAUGAAAUAAACCUUUGUUACACAUAUUCAAAUUAGUCACUAGUUUCAAGCGAGUUCUUUGAAGGAAUCAAAGCUGGUUAAUAUUUCAUGGGUCAAUUCUGCACCUAAAGAAUAGCAUCCACAUAAGAUGUUCCUUUAGUUCUUCCUUUUUUCAAGCAUUUUUUAUUUCUAGUAUUUUCUUAUUUCAGUUCUUUUUAACUCUGGAAAAAUUGACAUUUUUUACUUGUAUUGAGACUCCUUUGAAGAACUGUUGAACGGAGAGAGGUUAAUAUUUACCAGAUCAUGCUUUAAUCUCCAUCUGCAUUGAACAAACAUUUUAAAUGGAACGCACGUUCAAAGUAGCCUGGUAAAUUGAUUAUUUUCAGUAUCUGACUAACACACAGUAUUUUAUGGCAGAAUUGGGCAAAAUCAGCUGAAGGAUGUUUAUCAGAUUUUGAUGUUUUUCCUGAUUUGGGAAUGCUUUUAUUACUAUCCAUAUGGUGGGAGAUGUUAAUUGCCAGAGUUCAAGGUCAAGCACCACACAAAUGGUGUUAGCUCCAAUCAGUGAGAUUAAAUACAAGGAACAGUAGCAUAAGUUGCAUGGGGUCAGUUUUAAUAUGUAUAUGCUAAGAAUAUCAAGGAACUUGCUUAUAGUUAUUGAUUAAUUGCAAAGAUAUGUGUUUGUUUAAAAUAAGUGAGAAGGCUUUGAUGAUGAUGGUAUAAUAAAACUAUCAAGACAAAUUGGAGGACAGGAAGCGCGUGGACAUCAGCCAGUGAGAACAGCUAGAAGAAUUUAAAAGAGAAAGAGUUUAAAGAGUUGAAUUUCUGUAUUUUAUAGCUGUAGAAGAUAUAUAUUAAUAAAAAGAUUUAAAAAUGAGUUUAAAGGGAGUCGGUUAUUUCUUCAGCGGUUUGAUCAAGGCACAACUGUGCAAGUGCGCGGACGUCAGCCAGUGUGAACAGCGAGAAGAGUUUAAAAGGAGACAGAUUUAUAGAGCAGGCGACAGAGUAAAGGGAGACAGUAGGAAGAGACAGAGUAGGAAGGCUUUGGCUCAACGGGGCUUUGGCGAUAAUGGUUCGAGGUGAGGUAGGUUAACUGUAUAGAAUACAGACAGGAAGAAUGUGUGUGAAGCCAGUGUUCUGUGCUCGGUGUCAGAUGUGGGAAGUCUGGGAGACUCCCAGCCUCCUGGACGGCCACAUCUGCACCAGGUGCGUCGAGGUGCAGCUCCUUAGGGACCGUGUUAGGGAACUAGAAAUGCAGCUCGAUGACCUUCGUCUGGUGAGGGAAAGUGAGGACAUGAUAGAGAGGUGCUAUAGGCAGGUAGUCACACCAGGGCCUGGGGAGACAGAUAAGUGGGUCACGGUCAGGAGAGGAAAUGGCAGGAGUCAGAGGCUAGAGAGCACCCCUGUGACUGUCCCUCUUGACAAUAAGUACUCCUGCUUGAGUACUGUUAGGAGGGGGGACGGCUUACCUGGGGGAAGCAAUAGUGGCCGUGCCUCUGGCACAGAGUCCGGCCCUGUGGCUCAGAAGAUUAGGGAAAGGAAGAGGAUGGCAACAGUGAUAGGAGACUCAGACAGGCGAUUCUGUGGACGCAGGAAAGAAACUUGGAUGGUAGUUUGCUUCCCAGGUGCCAGGGUCUGAGAUGUUUCUGAUCACGUCCAAGACAUCCUGAAGUGGGAAGGAGAACAGCCAGAGGUCAUGGUACAUAUUGGUACCAAGGACAUAGGCAGGAAAAAGGAGGAGGUUCUGAAAGCAGAUUACAGGGAGUUAGGAAGGAAGUUGAGAAGCAGGACCACAGAAGGUGUCAUCUCGAGAUUAAUGCCUGUGCCACGUGACAGUGAGUAUGGGAAUAGAGUGAGGUGGAGGAUAAAUGCGUGGCUGAGGGAUUGGAGCAGGGGGCAGGGAUUCAGAUUUCUGGAUCAUUGGGACCUCUUUUGGGGCAGGAAUGACCUGUACAAAAAGGACAGGUUGAACUUGAAUCCCAGGGGGACCAAUAUCCCAGCGGGGAGUUUUGCUAAAGCUACUGGGGAGUGUUUAAACUAGGAUUGCUGGGGGUUGGGAACCAAGCUGAAGAGAUGGACGAAGAGGUGGUUGGGUCACAAAUAGAGAAAGCUUGGAGUCAAUGCGAGUGGGAGGAUAGACAGGUGAUAGAGAAGAGAAGCGCUCAGAUCGAUCGUUUGAGAUGUGUCUAUUUUAAUGCAAGGAGUAUUAUGAACAAAGUGGAUGAGCUUAGAGUGUGGAUCAGUACUUGGAUCUAUGAUGCUGUGGCCAUUACAGAGAUCGGGAUGGCUCAGGGGUAGGAGUGGUUACUUUGAGUACCAGGCUUUAGAUGUUUCAGAAAGGACAGGGAGGGAAGCAAAAGAGGUGGGGGCGUAGCCCUGUUGAUCAGAGAUAGUGUCAUGGCUGUAGAAAAGGAGGAAGUCAUGGAGGGAUUGUCUAUGGAGUCUCUGUGGGUGGAAGUUAGGAACAGGAAGGGUUCAAUAACUCUACUGGGUAUUUUUUUAUAGGCCACCUAAUAGUAACAGGGACUAGAGUUGCAGAUAGGGAGACAGAUUCUGGAAAGGUGUAAUAAUAAAAGGGUUGUUGUGGUGGGAGAUUUUAAUUUCCCAAAUAUCGAUUGGCAUGUCCCUAGAGCAAGGGGUUUAGAUGGGGUGGAGUUUGUUAGGUGCGUUCAGGAAGGUUUCCUGACACAAUAUGUAGAUAAGCCUACAAGAGGAGAGGCUGUACUUGAUCUGGUAUUGGAAAAUGAACCUGGUCAGGUGUCAGAUCUCUCAACGAGAGAGCAUUUUGGAAAUAGUGAUCACAAUUCUAUCUCCUUUACCAUAGUAUUGCAGAGGGAUAGGAGCAGACUAGUUAGGGAAGCAUUUAGUUGGAGUAAGGGGAAAUAUGAGACUAUCAGGCAGGAGCUUGGAAGCAUAAAUUGGGGACUGCUGUUCUCAGGGAAAUGUACAGAAGUAAUGUGGCAAAUGUUCAGGGUAUACUUGUGUGGAGUUCUGCAUAGGUACAUUCCAAUGAGACAGGGAAAGGAUGGUAGGGUACAGAACUGUGGUGUACAAAGGCUGUUGUCAAUCUACUCAAGAAGAAAAGAAGAGACUACAAAAGGUUCAAAAAGCUACGUAAUGAUAGAGAUCUAGAAUAUUGUAAGGCUAGCAGGAAGGAGCUUAAGAAAGAAACUAGGAGAGCCAGAAGGAGCCAUGAGAAGGAUUAAGGAAAACCCCAAGGCAUUCUACAAGUAUGUGAAGAGCAAGAGGAUAAGACGUGAGAGAAUAGGACCAAUCAAGUGUGACAGUGGAAAAGUGUGUAUGGAACCGGAGGAGAUAGCAGAGGUACUUAAUGAAUACUUUGCUUCAAUGUUCACUAUGGAAAAGGAUCUUGGUGAUUGUAGGGAUGACUUACAGCAGACUGAAAAGCUUGAGCAUGUAGAUAUUAAGAAAGAGGAUGUUCUGGAGCUUUUGGAAAGCAUCAAGUUGGAUAAGUCACGAGGACCAGACAAGAUGUACCCCAGGCUACUGUGGGAGGUGAGGGAGGAGAUUGCUGAGCUUCAGGUAAUGAUCUUUGCAUCAUCAAUGGGGACAGGAGAGGUUCUGGAGGAUUAGAGGGUUGCAGAUGUUGUUCCAUUAUUCAAGAAAGGGAGUAGAGAUAGCCCAGAAAAUUAUAGACCAGUGAGUCUUACUUCAGUGGUCAGUAAGUUGAUGGAGAAGAUCCUGAGAGGCAGGAUUUAUGAACAUUUGGAGAGGCAUAAUAUGAUUAGGAAUAGUCAGCAUGGUUUUGUAAAAGGCAGGUCGUGCCUUACGAGCCUGAUUGAAUUUUUUGAGGAUGUGACUAAACACAUUGAUGAAGGUAGAGCAGUAGAUGUAGUGUAUAUAGAUUUCAGCAAGGCAUUUGACAAGGUACCCUGUGCAAGGCUUAUUGAGAAAGUAAUGAGGCAUGGGAUCCAAGGGGACAUUGCUUUGUGGAUCUAGAACUGGCUUGCCUACAGAAGGCAAAAAGUGGUUGUAGACAGGUCAUAUUCUGCAUGGAGGUCAGUCACCAGUGGAGUGCAUCAGGGAUCUGUUCUGGGACCCCUAUUCUUCAUGAUUUUUAUAAAUGACCUAGGUGAAGAAAUGGAGGGAUGGGUUAGUAAAUUUGCUAAUGACACAAAGGUUGGAGGUGUUGUGGAUAGUGUGGAGGUCUGUCAGAGGUUACAGUGGGACAUUGAUAGGAUGCAAAACUGGGAUGAGAAAUGGUAGAUGGAGUUUAACCCAGAUAAGUGUGAGGUAGUUCAUUUUGGUGGGUCAAAUAUGAUGGCAGAAUAUAGUAUUAAUGGUAAGACACUUGGCAGUGUGGAGGAUCAGAGGGAUUUUGGGAUCCGAAUCCAUAGGACACUCAAAGCUGCUGCGCAGAUUGACUCUGUGGAUAAGAAGGCAUAUGGUGCAUUGGCCUUCAUCAAUCGUGGGAUUGAGUUUAAGAGCCGAGAGGUAACGUUACAGCUACAUGGGACCCUGGUCAGACCCCACUUAGAGUACUGUGCUCAGUUCUGGUCGCCUCACUACAGGAAGGAUGUGGAAACCAUAGAAAGCGUGCAGAGGAGAUUUACAAGGAUGUUACCUGGAUUGGGGAGCAUGCCUUAUGAGAAUAGGUUGAGUGAACUCAGCCUUUUCUCCUUGGAGCGACGGAGGAUGAGAUGUGACCAGACAGAGGUAUAUAAGAUGAUGAGAGGCAAUGAUCAUGUGGAUAGUCAGAGGCUUUUUCCCAGGGCUGAAAUGGCUAACGCGAGAGGGCACAGUUUUAAGGUGCUUGGAAGUAGGUACAGAGGAGAUGUCAGAGGUAAGUUUUUUUAAAAAAACGCAGAGAGUAGUGAGUGCGUGGAAUGGGCUGCCGGCAACAGUGGUGGAGGUGGAUACGAUAGGGUCUUUUAAGAGACUCCUGGACAGGUAUAUGGAGCUCAGAAAAAUAGAGGGCCAUGGGUAACCCUAGGUAAUUUCUCAGGUAAGGACAUGUUUGGCACAUCUUUGUGGGCCAAAGCGCCUGUAUUGUGCUGUAGGUUUUCUAUGUUUCUGUAUUUCCACGAUUUUACACCCUGGUGACAAUUCAGUCGAACAGAUCCAUAUUGUAGUAAAUGUCCCACACAAGCUUCAUGAGUCUCACCGUGAACAACAUGUCCUCUAUUUUUUUCUUCUUUCAUCUAACCUUAUCAUAAAUACUAUUCAUUUCACUCACUCCAUCUGGCAGCAAGUUCUUCGAAAAGUAAACUUUUUUUAAAUAAAGACGUUUCUCUUGAACUCUUUGUUGUAUUCCUUAGUAAAUUCUUAAGUGAACGUUUUGGACUAGCUCAAAAGUGGAAAUAUUAUUGAUUAUAUUGAACACUUUAAUAAUUAGUCAUCUCAUCUCCUGCUCUUCCCUCGUCUUUCCUGACAGUGAUAUCCUCACAGUACUUUAGGCCAAAUUGACUCAAAGAGACAGCCUGCCUGAGAUUAGGGUAACAUAGAAGAAUGGUUAGAUCUGCACAGAUCCAUAAAUGCAGCAAGUGAAUAGGCAAGGGCAAAGGGUUUAGAGGAAUUCCAGGUGGGAGAGAACUUUGUUCAAGGUUAUGCACAGGGUACUCUGAUAUGAAGGUAGAAUUACCUACCCAGAAACAUGAGUGGAGGGAUGAAGUAACAACAUACAACCAAUCCAGAGAGGAAGGAAUGAUAUGUGGCACCAGCGUUCCUUUACCUGACCUAAGCGUGAGGGAAAGUGAUUUCCUGAUAAGAUAAAUGCAAAAUAAUUACUCUACAGAAUCAAACAGUAGGUAUUUGGGUGGAUAUAGAGGACAGUUAUUUGCUGGAUAUGGAUUCAAAAGGCAAACAAGAGAAAAUCUACAGGUGCCGUCUCCAAUGGGAUCUCACCACCCAGCACAUCUUCCCCACGCACCCCCCCCCCCGCACUUCCUGCUUUCUGCAGGGAUCGCUCCCUUAGUGGCUCCCUUGUCUAUUCAUUUCCCACAUCCCACUAACCUCCUUCCUGGUACUUAUCCUUACAAGCAGAACAAGUGCUACUCCUGCCCCUACGCCUUCCCCCUCACUACCAUUCAGGGGGCACCAAAGUGUCCUUCCAGGUGAGAUGACACUUCACCUGCGAGUUUGUUGGGGUCAUCAACUGUAUCCGGUGUUCCCGGUGUGGCCUCCCAGUAUAUUGGUGAGACCUGACAUAGAUUGGGAGACUGCUUCGUCGAGCAUCUAUGCUACAUCCACCAGAGAAAGCAGGAUCUCCCAGUGCCCACCCAUUUUAAUUCUACUUCCCAUUCCGACAUGUCAGUCCAUGGCCUCCUCUCCUGUCGCAAUGAGACCACACUCAGGUUGCAGGAGCAACACCUUAUAUUCUGUCUGGGUAGCCCGCAACCUGAUGACAUGAAUGUUGAUUUCUCAAACUUCUGGUUAUGUCACCCGCUCCCCACCCCUGCACCAUUCUCCGUUCCCAUUUCCCUUUCUCACCUUAUCUUCUUAACUGCCCAUCACCUCAUCACAUCCCUCUGGUGCUCCUCCCCCUUCCCUUUCCUCCAUGGCUUUCUGUUUUCUCCUCUCAGAUUCCCCAGCCCUUUACCUCUUUCUCCAAUCGACUUCCCAGCUCUUUGCGUUACCCCUCCCUGUCUUGGUUUCACCUAUCACCUACUACCUUUAUUUCUUCCUGUCCUCCCCGCACCUUCUUACUCUGACUUCUCGUCCUUUAUCUCCAGUCCUGAUGAAGGGUUUUGGCCUGAAGCAUCGACUGUUUACUCUUUUCCAUAGAUGCUGCCUGGCCUACUGAGCUCCUCCAGCAUUGUGUGUGUGUUGCUUGGAUUCAAAAGAAUCUGAUGGCCUUCCUGGGACAAAAAAAAAGAAUCUUAUCUGUUGAACCAACUGAUCAUUACAACAGGAUUUGCAACAACAAUAAAAUCAAACUACAAUCAUGCCAUCCAUCAUAUCACAGGAAACUGUACUGUAAAAUGUGUUAAGUUAAAAAAGAAUUGUGGCCUUCUAAAUAUAUUCAGAGAUUAAUUUUGGGAAGGACAGCAUUAGGACAUAGUGCCUGACAAGCUGAUCUGCAUCAUCUUAUCACUUGUGGGAGGUGCCCCAAUGGUAAUGAUACAGUACAUAAUGAGUAUGAGCCAACAAGUAAAAAUAAUUUGGCCAAUGGCUUAUUGAGAAUAGUGAAAACAUACAGUAAGGUGCUUAUGACACUUGAUGUUAACAAGCAGCAUCUAGGAGAGAUGUGUCUUUAACAAACAACUCAAUUAUUUUAAGUUAAAAUCAAAUUAUUUAAUUGUAAUCUAGAAAAUUACAUUUAAAUAUCUCUGAAUUUUAGUGUUAGAAUAAUAAUUUCACUUCAAAAGCUUUCCAGGUUUGGUGGAAAACUAAGAAAUUGGCUAGAAUUCAUUGGGUUGGUGCUAUGGCACAUACUAGAUGGGGUGAAGGCCCAGUUUCUGUGCUCUAUUGCUCUAUAAUUCCAAUAGCUUUGCCUAAUAUUUUGAGCUAAUUUUUUUUUACAAACUUAUUAGUGAAAAAAAUAGCUGUUGACUGGAUUAACUCUUUAUUGUACGGUGUUACAAGUCAGUGUUAUCUUAACCCAGAUCUACCUCCUGUGGGCACCCUUGGCAAAAGUUCCCUUCCAGCUUACAUUCUUCAAAAAUCCCAACACUUCGGCUAUUAAUUUGCUGCAAAAUUUCUGAAGUUACUGACCUGCUCAACCAAUCCCUCUUCUUUCAUUGUUGAAACUGAGAUCUCACUGAAAUGAGUGGAAGGGGCUCACAAUCAUCUUUUGAAGUGAAUAUUGAGACCAUCUGGUCUACUGCUUCUCUUCCUGCACCUAACUCACUUGGAUAAUCAUCUGUUAUUCCCUUUAUCCUCAACUCCAAAUGAGAUUUUCCUCAUUGUUACUUCUUUGAAAUCACAAAAUAUUGAAAUAUUGAGACUCAAUUUCUUCUCCCAUGAUGCACUAUGCUACCAACCAGACAAUUAUCCUCUGUGAUUUCUAUUUAUCUUAGUAACGGUGCCAUGUCCCCUCAAAGCAGUCAUCAUCACUCACCUAUUUCAUUCGCCUUCCUGUUCUUGCAAAAUGCUAUCCCAUUUCCAAUCUUCCCUUCCUCUCCAAAGUCUUUGAUUGUGGUGUUGUUUCCCAGAUACGUAGCCAUCUUACCUGUAACUUUUUUUUAAAUAUAUCUCCAGUCAGCAGUGAUCAGUGUCAUGAUAUGAAUGUGACUCAAGUAAUGUAUUUGCCUUAGGCCUUGAAAACUACAAUAGUCGACAACUUUCUUUCAUCCAGUUCUAUUCCAAUUAAUCAUACCCAAACUAUAGAUAUCAAGGUCUUCUCUUCCUGAGGUCAGUACAAUAUUUCUUGCAUUUUCCCAAGGAUCUAAUCUAGUCCUUCUCCUCAUUCUGUUCCAUGCAAUACCUCACAUUUUUUGCAAACUCAAUGUCAGUUUCAAUCCAUGUGCAGAUGACACGCGGGUUUCCUCUUACCCCACCUUUUCUGAUCUCCCUCUUGCCUCUAAAGUGUAAAAAUUUUUAAAGAAGAUGUAACAUUUUCUACAUUCAGCAGAUAUUUCUAACAAUGGAAGGACCAAAGCUAUUGCACUAGGCCUUCAAGACAAGACCUAUUCCCUUGUCAUUGCAUUAUUCUUCUUAGAAACUGUCUAAAUCCUGACUAAAAAGGUGUCAUGUUUGAUGCAAAGUUUUAGAUCUCAUAUCCAUACCAUUUCUAAGACCCUUUAUUUCCCAUACAGUAUGGUCUUAGGUCUUGCUUCCAACUGAUCUGGAACCCGUAAUGAUCCUUUAGCAUAUUUAGACUGGAUUAAUCCAAUGCAGUAUCGACCAGGUUCCCUUGUCUAGACUCUGUAAACCCAAGGUCAUUCAUAGCUCUUCUGCCUCAGGUCCAUCUCAUACCAAUCAGCUCUGUAUUUGAUGACUUAAUCUUGGUGAAGUAGUGACUCUGUUUUACAAUUCCCUGCUUUUUGGUUUCACCAUUUUUCUUUCCUUCAAUCGUGCUACUCUGUCCAAGUGUUUUGUGUUCUUCAAAUGCAGAUUUGAGACACAUCACCAAUUUAAAAUUAGCUUUCCCUCAGUUGCUGUGCCUUCACCUGCCAAGUCUAGAACUCCGCAAUUCUGACUACUUUGCCACACCCACCCCAUACUUGCCUUUCUUUUUAAGGAAUGAAGGGUCCUGAUAAAGGGUCUCGGCCCAAAACAUCAACUAUUUACUCUUUUCCAUAGAAGCUGCCUGGCUUGCUGAGUUCCUCCAGUAUUUUGUGUGUGUUGCUCCUUUUUAAGAUGCUCUUUAAACCGGCCAGUGUAGGCAACUAAAAUCAAGAUCAACUAUUACAUUCAAAUGGUGGACCUGCUAUUUUAAAACUGACUUAGUUGAUAUGUUUUCCAACAUUUAUAAAUCAGUCAGAUUGAGCAAUAUCAUUUUGAUUUUAAGACCUGGCUCCUUAAUAUGCAUUAAUUAAAUAUUACUUUUGAUUCAGAGAUUUCAAUCUCAAGAUGUAAUUUGAAGAAAAUAAAUAGUUUUGAGGCAGAUGGCUGAAGAAAUAAUGAUAACAUAAAUACGUUAUGAAGAGAUUUGGUUUGGACAGUAUUUAUUCUCUGAAAGUUAACUGGUAUUUGUGAAUAAUGAUAAAUUCAAAAUUAAGCAGUUAUUUCUGUAAUACAGGUAUUUACAAAUCAGACACAAUAUGUAUUAUCUAGUACAGAAAAUGGGAAAAUGAAGAACAAAUAUAUUUAUCUGUUUAUACCAACAUCUUGGGAUUCUUUUUUUCUAUUUUACAGUGACUAGGUACUGUAGUUUUGUUUGAACAGCAGUGUCUUCCCUGGAAUUAAAAAAAAUGACCAGCACGAGCUAUAAAAUGCAAACUUGAAGUUUCAAGUUAAUAUAGUUAGGGUAAAUUCCUUGAGUCACCUCAUUUAUUUUGGGAAAGACUUUUAUUUUUGUUAGAAAAUACUCUAUUAUACAGUAAUCCCAAAAAAGACAUAAUUCCAAUCAUUUUUCCUUUGUUGCUUCAAAGAAUUACUAUGAAGGAAUAUUCUGUGAUAUAAUGUAUGUAAAUUUGAGUCUCACUUUACCUUAUGAAAUUGAUAGAAAAAGUCACAGUUUAUAAAAUUGCACAGCUUGCAUUACACUAAAACCAACAUCUAUAGCAACCAAAACAUUAUUGCUUUCAGAAUAGCUCUUUUCCUGUCCUGGUUUUGCAUGUUUCCUUAAAGUAUUUAACUGAAUUAGGGGAAAUAUUAUAGCACAAAUGAAGCCUGCCUUUUCAACCCUACACUUCAAAUUGAAAUAGAAGUCAAUUUCUUUAAUAUUUUACCUUAGGGUUAAAUAUAAAAUCCAAUAAGUCUGUUUCUAAGAUUUUUGAGUGCUGCUGUAAUUGUGGGUCUACAGCUAUCUUAAAUUUUGUAAAAAUAGUUUGAAAAACUCUGAUGUACAUUGUGAUCAAUCAACAUCACAAGGAAACCCAGAUGUUUUGUUUCUCGAAGUGCCAAUUUUCUUCAGAUUUUUGUUUGUAAUGUUUGUGCAAUAACUGUGCUGCAAAGUUACUGUACAUUGCAAAUAUUAGAAUGUUGUUUCAACCUCGUAUUUGAUUUUAAAAACAAAGUGUAGAAAAUUGUCAAUAAAGAUAUUUGAUGUUUAGAGUAACUUAAAUGACUGUACAUAAAUUGUGAAGCAGAAUAA